UGAGAUGCCAGUUAUAAACGGACGCUUCAAACCGUGCUGCUGAUUGACGUGAUGUGUCAUCGAGUUAUUGCGAUUGGACGAUGAGUCAUAGCAGUGAGAAAAUGUCUUUGAAAGCAGGUGGUGUAAUCUAAAGUGUGCAAAAAGCUGUGAAAUCAGAAGUAUUGCAGUGACGCUACGAUGCUUGAGCAUCGCGUUGAUUGUGGCAUUGUGUCACGAGCCGCGUUCAAAGCGUCUCAAAGGGAGCGACGGCUUCAGAGCAUCCAGCUGAACCGUCGCCAGGAUCUCGAACCUUUCCACCGUGCGGGAGUCAACUGCCUGUCGCUGGAUCCCGUUGAGGGCCGAUUCCUCCUUUCGGGUGGUGCUGAUGGGGGCCUCUGCAUCCACGACCUGUACUCUGAUCUCGGCAAAACAAAGCGUACAAGCAAGGCCAUCUGCAAACUAACCAAGCACGAGGCACACAUCUUCUCGGUCUCGUCGGUGCCCUGGUACCCAUGCGACACCGGCCUCUUCACAUCUUCAGGCAUGGACAGCACCCUUCGGAUCUGGGACACCAAUUCGAUGCAGCAGGCCGACUCCGUGCGCCUCGGUGAACCCAUCUUCUGCCACCAUGUUGAAACGGCACAACCUAACAUUUUCGCUGUGGGAUACAAGAAGCCCUGGAUUGUGCUGGCUGACAUGCGAACGGGCAGCUUGUGCCAACAGCUUCGGGGCCACGCGGGAAGUGUGCUUGCAGUUCGCUGGAGUCCUCAUACGCCGGGACUCUUGGCCUCUGGAUCCCGAGAUGGUUCAGUGAAGCUCUGGGAUGUGAGGUGCGCCCGAAGCUCCCUGGCGACCCUGCAGGGUCACAAAGGGGGCACCACGGCCAUGACCUUCCUGCCCGAUGGCUUGCAGCUCCUGACCAUGGGCCGGGACAGUCGGGUCAAACUGUGGGAUGUGGCGAGCCACACAAUGAGCCAGGUGCACUCGGGACUUGCCUGCUGCAACUGGUGCCACAGAAUGACAUAUUGUACACUUUGUUGCUUGACCCUCGCCCCUUUUUUCAGUUCACCCACGCAGAUGUCUGCAACUCGGGAGGUGGCACUCCUUCCACUCGGCCACUGCCUGCUGAUCAUGGACUUGGUACGAAAACAGCCCCUGCGGGCACUAAGUGGGGCUCACUUUCGACAGGCCAACUGCGUGCUGCUCAGCAGUGACACCCUGGAGGCAUUUAGUGGUGCAAAUGACCGCACAAUCCUGUGGUGGACGUCGUGUGGCGACCGGGAGCAUGCCCUGGAUGCCUAUCAAGGUGGCAUGCCAGACUCGUGGAGUGAUGAAGGCGAACCUUUCUGAGACAUGUUUGCAUUUGGAAGAGUUGUUACAGGCA